UUUUUUUAGCUCUGGAAGCAGGUGCAUUUCGGCAACUCAAGAUGCGUUAUAUCUCUUCACGCUUCAUCUACUUGGGUUUACACUUAUUAGUCCUCUACUUUCAAGUUCAGGAAUCUCAGCAGACCUCGGCUGAUUUCCGUGUCUAUGUCGAAAACCACACACGGAACCCUGAUGACCUGAGCCGCAAACAGGUCCGAAUAUAUCAGCUUUACAGCCGGACCACUGGGAAACAUGUCCAGAUCCUGGGGAAGAAAGUCAACGCCAACGGGGACGAUGGGGGCAAGUAUGCUCUCCUAGUGGUGGAAACAGAAACCUUUGGAAGCCAUAUCCGAAUAAAAGGAAAAGAUACUGGGUAUUACAUCUGCAUGAACAAAAGGGGCAAAAUUAUUGGAAAGCUCAAUGGAAGAAGCCAAGAGUGUGUCUUUGUGGAAGAAGUAUUGGAGAAUAACUACACUGCACUGGUGUCAGCCAAGUACAAAGGCUGGUACCUGGGAUUCACCCGGAAAGGACUGCCUAAAAAGGGCUCAAGGACCCAGCAGAACCAGCAGGAAGUCCACUUUAUGAAACGGCACCCAAAGGGCAAAGUGGACCCACUACAGGAGUUCCGUUUCACCACGGUCACCAAGAGAAUUCGCAGGGCACGACGCUUAAAAGUGAAGUCCAACUCAAACUGAAACAUGUCCAAGAGUGCCAGGGUCUGUGUGUCAAAGGAACACUCAACCACCUUGCCUUAAAUAUCCAGAGAAAAAAAAAUGGAAAAGAUGUUUUAUUUUUAUAUUUAAGGAGUAUUGCUCCGAUGUGCUAGCUUUUUCGUGGGCUAUUUUUUAGUAUUAUUAUUAUUAUUAUUAUUAUUAUUAUUAUUAUUAUUAUUAUUAUUAUUAUUAUUAUUAUUAUUAUUUAUAUUGAACAGAAUGAAUAUUUGUCAUUACCUUGCUGUUGCUACUUCGAAAGGUAAUGGCAGAACUCCUCUAGAGUCACUGACUGUAUCCAUAUCUAUGGAUUGAAUGCAAUGGAGCCUGGAUGGAAAAAAAUGCACACCCAUGAUAUUGACCAUAGCUAAUUCUUUAGCUAUAAGUGCAAUACUUUGUAAUAGGCCCUUUUACAAAAGAGGUUACUAUUGAAACUUAUCAUGGUUCCCCAAACUCCAAACUUCCCCGCCACCCUUUUAGAUGUGUUUUUUUUUUUUUUUUUUAACAUGUUAAACAAAGUGAUGGAACGUUAUUAUAAAUUGAAAGCUGCUGGUUACGUUAUUGAAAGGGGCCUCAAGUAAGGGCCUGGAUAAAUGACUGCACAUAUACCCACCUCAGUGUUUAUUUAGAUGAACAAUAAUAGCACACACUGUUUAAAGAGGAAACAAAGACUGGACCAACAGGAUUCUUCCCUGGGGAGUCCAUUUAAGAUCAUAGUUUUCCUUCCAACUUUAUUGAACAAUUAUAAAUUAUGUAUCAAAUUGGAAAAUAGACACGAUGGUAGUUUUAUACCUCAGAUAUAUCAGUUUUGUAUUCAUUAUGUGUAGUGCAUAUUAUAGUUGGAUAUUAUAUCAGUCAUACCAUCCAAUGACAAUCCUCUCUCUCUGAUUACCAUUAUUAAUAGCAUUGACAUUUAAUAUUAGCAACACCUGUAAGUUGUAGUUACUGUAUACGUGACACAUUGUCUCAUGCAAAGGUAUUCACAUACAUAUAGUAUGUUAUAGUACAGCUGCUUAAUAUCAUAGCUCUUCCCAUUGAGCUGAGUUUUACUGCUGAAUCCAAAACAGGAAAGGUAAUGGAAUAUACAGAUCUGUUUAAUGGUAGAUACAGGCAGAUCUGUGUCUGAGGGUGAUUGGAGCUUGGGGGUCCGGAAUAAGCUAGUGACCUGAGAGGGCCAUUGUUAACAUUAUUCGGUCCUGAUGUUGGUAGGGCUGUAUCAUUAACUCACCUGCCGAGGGACCACUGUGUAUUGUGUAUGUGAUGCUACUAACACCUUGACACACUUAUGACUUAAAGCGUAUGCAAAAAUAAUUUUUAUGACUUUUAUUAAAUAUUUAUUGCCUUUCUUUGUAAAUACAUCCUGAUGAAUUUAUUUGACCUCUGUUAAUAAAGUGAGGAAUAUAUUUAAAGAUA